ACACCACUCCACAAAGCACAGCACUGCUCGGCUUGGCUUGGCUUGUCCUCUUCCUUUGUUGCCAUGGCUACCAAGAUGGUCCUGUGUCGCUUUGUGGCCUUGGCGGCUCUCGCCUGCCUCCUCCGCCCUGGCGCGCCCGUCGAGCUCCACCGCAGGCUCUCCGCCUGGUCCGGCGACGCCGGCGCGACGUGGUACGGCGCACCCACCGGCGCUGGGAGCGACGGUGGUGCGUGCGGGUACCAGAACGCCGUCGACCAGCCGCCGUUCUCGUCCAUGAUCGCCGCCGGCAGCCCGUCCAUCUUCCAGAACGGCGAGGGCUGCGGCUCCUGCUAUCAGGUGAAAUGCACCGGUCACGCGUCGUGCUCCGGCAGCCCGGUGACGGUGGUCCUGACCGACGAGUGCCCCGGCGGCGCGUGCCUGGCCGAGCCCGUGCACUUCGACCUGAGCGGCACGGCGUUCGGAGCCCUGGCGAAGCCCGGCCAGGCCGACCAGCUCCGCAGCGCCGGACUCCUCAAGAUCCAGUACACUCGGGUGCCGUGCAACUGGAACGGGAUGGACAUCGCGUUCAAGGUGGACGGCGGGUCGAACGCGAACUACUUGGCGGUGCUGAUCGAGUACGAGUCCGGCGACGGCGAGCUGAGGUCCGUGGAGCUCAUGCAGCGCGGCGGCGCGGCGUGGGCGCCGAUGCAGCGGUCGUGGGGCGCCGUGUGGAGGUACAACUCCGGCGCCGCCCUGCAGGCGCCCUUCUCCGUCCGCCUCACCUCCGGCUCCGGCAGGACGGUCGUGGCCACCAACGUCAUCCCCGCGGGGUGGUCGCCCGGCGCCACGUACCGCUCGGUCGUCAACUUCAACAACUAAUUAACCGUGACCCGGAUGCAUCGUACGUCCGGGUGCACGCGCGCGCGCGCCCGCCGGGACGGCGUGGCGCUUGGCUUGGUUUAUGAUUCGAGCUAGCUGUGCGUGCCUACACCGGCCGACGACGACGCUACUGUGUACUGUUGCGUGCGUGACAGUCACCGUGUAUCCCCGGAAUGGCGUGUUUGUGUUGAAUAUAUAUAUAAAUAAAAGCUGGAUUAUUGGAACUUUU